UUUGACAGUUGUUUCCAAAGUUACGGCAGUGGCAGAGCGCAACCAAGAAUCCAUAGACAGCGCUCUCUAUUUUUCUUUCUUCGUUUUCUUUUAAAAUUCGUUUUCUAAUUUAAUUGAAAACUAAUUGAUUGUUAAAUUAAACAUAUCGCAAGGAAUGAUUGUAUAAGAAAAUCAUUCUUUAAGAAGGCCGCGUUUAUUUUCGUUAACUUAGUGCGGUGUGUGGACUUUGCCCUAGUUGCUGGGGGUUCUGGUUCAGCUUUCCCUUUGAUUGAAUUGAACGUCAUCUAACAGGCAGUCAUCAAGAAUUCAUAAUAAAUACCUCAAAGAUAAUACUUAGUUCAUUUUAAUCGAUAAAGUUCGAUUUUGAUGUUUCUGUUUAGUUUGAUUUAUAAAAAUACUCAUCAAAAAACAUCGAAACAAUGUCGUCACAAGAAGCAGCACCUGAACAAAAAGUCAAUCCCAUCAAAUCCUUCAUUAGUGGAGGUUUUGGUGGGAUUUGUAACGUCCUUUCAGGUCAUCCUUUGGACACAAUAAAGGUUCGUUUACAAACAAUGCCCACACCACCACCAGGAACUGCUCCCAUGUACAAAGGUACCUUCGAUUGUGCCAGUAAAACGAUUCGCAACGAAGGUGUUCGUGGAUUAUAUAAGGGAAUUCAAGCACCCCUUACCGGUGUAGCACCUAUAUUUGCUGUCUGCUUUACAGGUUAUGGCUUAGGAACAAGACUUCAACAGACCGAAGAUAAUAAGAAAUUAAAUUAUGGACAAGUUUUUAUUGCUGGUUCAUUUUCGGGAUUAUUCUCAACAGCUAUUAUGGCACCGGGUGAAAGAAUUAAGUGCUUGCUUCAAGUACAAUCAGAUACAAAGGGAUCUAAAAAAUACGAUGGUAUGAUAGAUUGUGCAAAGAAAUUGUAUAAGGAAGGUGGUUUAAGGAGCAUAUUUAAAGGAAGCUGUGCAACUAUGUUGCGAGAUGUGCCUGCUAAUGGAAUGUAUUUCUUUGUCUAUGAGUAUCUACAAGAUAUGGCGAAACAAAAGGCCGGUGCUGAAAAUGUAGGAGUAUAUUCAGCACUAUUUGCCGGUGGUAUGGCUGGUAUGUCCUAUUGGAUUUUAGGUAUGCCAGCUGAUGUGCUCAAAAGUCGGUUACAAACAGCACCUGAAGGAACUUAUAAGCAUGGAAUACGUAGUGUUUUUGCUGAUCUAAUAAAGAAAGAUGGUCCAUUUGCCUUGUAUCGUGGUGUUGUUCCGGUAAUGAUUCGUGCCUUCCCAGCUAAUGCUGCAUGUUUCUUUGGCAUUGAAGUGUGUAAUACAUUUAUGAAAAAACUUGGCUUCUAGUUUGUGUUUUCUUUUUUGAAACAGAGACAAAGACUCAAAAAAAGUGUGUUCUUUAACAAUAACUAAAUGAAAAUAUACCAUGAAAUUUAAUAUAAUUUUUAUAAAAUAAAUUGUUAAUAUUUUGUUUUUGAAUUCAAGAUAUUUAUUUGUGUUAAUUAGGUAGCUGUAUGAAUUAUAAAAAAUAAUAGAACAAAUACAACACUGGUCAUUUAAAUCAAAUCCAAUUCUAUAAAAAUACCUUUUUUAAGCUAUGUAUCAAUAAAAAGAAAACAAUAAAUGAAAUU